CACAGCUCGUAGGUACGUAACCGCCGCGGCGAAAUUUAAUGAACGAAUCGCGUGGCCGCUGUUCAACAGCAGUGUCUCGAUCUCGAGACGCGAGUGGGUCUCUGUGUCAGGAAGGGUCACAUGCUCUUGGCGCGCUACCAUCAUGAGAAUUUUUACCUCAGCCCCGUCCCGCCGCGAUGGCAGCUGUAUAGCGAGCUGAAAGAGAAAGAGGAGGAUGCAAGGACGAGAGGGGUUCGCGACGGAGAGAAGAUAGAAGAGGAUUAUCCACUCAUACAAGUGAGGUCGUGUCGUCACGUGCACCGGCAUAUCCGUCCGUUUAUACGAGAGAGAGAUACCUCAACCCCCUUCGUGAAGGAUGGCACCUAGGAGGAUGGCUCCUCGCUGGUAUAUAUCUGCCCGGAGACUUGGUCCUGAUGCCAGUUCUCUCUAGUCGAGGAUCAUCCAGCUCGUGGGUGCGCGCAACUAUUUGUAUCUCCGACUAGUCGCUUCGGAUUUCGAGUCGCGUGCCUCUCGCGUGACUUCGAGGAUACGAGGUGUCUGUGAUUUAGUCCCAAUUCGCCCAGCUAAAGCAUCCGCGAGUUGGAAAAGCCAUCCGGGUCCAGCAUGUCGGCGAUUAAGAUUAUAUCCAAGUGCGUGCUGCUAUUGUUAGUCUGCGGUGCAACUAUCCGCGCCGAGGAGGACGGCGGAUUCCUUGAGCGAGGAUACCGUGCUCUUUAUCGUGUCUACGAGGAGUGCGAGCAUCGCAAUUUGGCUGUGUCGCCGUGUUUGAAGAAGAAGGCGGUCGCCUUCUUCGAGAGACUCGGCCGUAUACAGACUUUACCGAUCGGCGACAAUAUCGAGCUGGUCAAAGUCGCGUCCACGACGGACGACAGCUCGAAAAGCGCCGAUCUGGAGAAGACCCUGGCUAGAACCAACGGAGGGGCCAUGGACGAAGUACUCAACGAUAUUCUGUUCGAGCGCGUGGCCGCGCUAAUGAACAGUUUCAACGUGCAGAUCAGCUUACCAAAGACAAAUUCCGGCGAACUGAAGCGGAGUGUCGAGGAGGGCCGUGGGAAAAUGAAGAAGAUGAUGGGCAUGAUGAUGAUGGGAUUCGCCAUGAAACUCGCCGCGUUAGUCCCCAUUGCUAUGGGCGUGCUCUUCCUGCUGGCCGGCAAGGCACUGAUCAUCAGCAAGAUCGCUUUGGUUCUCUCGCUGAUCAUCGGCUUGAAGAAGCUCCUUCAGCAGAAGCAGGGCGGCCACGACCACGGCGGCUGGCAGCAGAGCGGCGGAUGGGACAGAAGUCUCAAGGGAGUCGUGGGCGCACCGGCGAUACCGUCAUUAACGGAAGCCGAUCGCGAGUACGCUCACACCUUGGCUUACAGCGCGCGGCAGAAGCAUUAAACGGCUCGCUAGCCGAGAGCAGCAAUGGGAAAUCUUCAGGUAUCGGGAGGGAGCAACGCCUGUAUCCAAAGGAGCGGACAGUACGCGAUUUCAGAGACAGUUCGAGACAUCGAAAUAGAUUCGCUUAUUUAUCUUUGAAAAACAAAUCACCGCACAAAUUGCGACGAAACCGAGAGUGUAAAGACGGCGUGUAUCAGUGACGUUGAUGUUGGAAUAGCUAAAUAUUAUUGUGAAAGGAAAUGUCAAAAAUGCAAAACUUUUUCAAGUAUCACAAGUAGGCAAGUAGAUUCGAAUGGGCGAGCUGUCUCGUUCGUGUAAAUUUGCGCAAGUCUGCUCGUUUUUUCGAAUGAUCAUCGAUAUAAUAACAAUAUUGUAUCGCAAUUUCUCGUCUUUUAAAUUAAACGGUUUUGUAAAUGACAUAACUUUCGACGCAACAAUAUAAUGGAAA